AGAGCUAUAAAAUAUUCUCCUUACUCACAGCUUGCUAGCUGUAAAGCAGAGAGCCUCACAGACUGUGCGUUCUUUAUUAUCCCCAGUCUGGAAAGCUGCAGCAGCCAUGGAACACAGAACCUCCACCCUCCUUGCAGAUGGGGAGAUUUUGCCAGCUUUCAGCAGACUUUUGCAUAGCACUCCAGUUUGCGCAGCGAAGGCAGCCCAGGUGCUUGCAGAGAUAGCUAAAAACGAGGAAAUGAAGACCCCCUGUAUCAAUGCCGGUUUGAUUCCCAUCUUGGUACCCCUUCUGGACAGCACCGACCCAGAGAUGCUGCUCCAUGUCGGCAGGGCCAUCGGUCGCAUUUGCUACGAUAACAAUGACCUUCAAGAACAACUGGUGGCCGCAGGAGUGAUCACAUCCCUGGUCAGAAUAUUGUCAAACUAUCCGGAGAAUGAAGCCCUGGUCCGUGUCAACCUGCUGGCCUUAUCCAACCUUGCAGACCUAGACUCAGCUAAAGAGGCCCUUAGCAAGACCAAGGUUGCCGAACAACUCGUCCAUCAGCUGCGGCAGGUGAACCAUCAUGAGAAGGUCGAGAUCAUCCUGGAGGUCCUCCAGACCCUAGCAGAGAAUGAUGCCCUAAAAUUGCAGUUGGUGGAAGCUGGCAUCCAGGAGGCUGUGACAGAGAUCCUGCUGAGGCUCCAGGACAGCUCCAAGCCAGAAGACAUGUGUAGCUUGAAAGCCGCGUCUGAUCUAAUUGUGUCCUUGCUUCUCGGAGAUGAAUCCAUGCAGCAGCUGUUUGCAGAGGGGCGUGGUGUGAUCUACCAGAGCGUGGGCACGUGGCUGGCAUCCAAGCACACCCAGUUACACCUGACAGGGGCUUUAGCUAUUGCUAACUUUGCCAGGAAUGACAGCAACUGUGUUCGUAUGGUUCAGAUGGGAGUGGUGCUUCAGCUGCUGGAUCUUUUAGAGCAGCACGUGGAAAGUGAAGACGUCUCAGUUCAGCAUGCUGCUCUCAGCGCGCUCCGAAACCUUGCCAUACCAGUGGCUAACAAGAUCCAGAUGCUGGAGGAAGGAGUCGGCAAGCGGAUCCAGAUGCUGUUGAGGUCCGAGAUGCCACCUGUCCAAUUCAAACUCCUCGGAACGCUGCGGAUGUUGAUCGACGGUCAAGCUGAGGCGGCAGAAGAGAUGGGCCAGGAUCCCAAACUGCUCAACAGACUGGUGCAGUGGUGCGGGUCGAAAGACCACGCCGGAGUCUGCGGAGAAGCCAACCGACUGCUGGCAUCGCUCUUACGUCACAGCCGAUCUCCGGAAGUUGUCAAAGCCAUCCAAGAGGCUGAAGGUGUGAAGCACCUGGUUUCCAUGGCGACAAGCGAGCAUGCCAUCAUGCAGAACGAAGCUCUGAUCGCCUUGGCCAUCGCCUCCGCCAUCAGUUUAGAAAAUAUCAAGGAAGCAUUCAAAGAAGCCCAGCUGGUCCCGAAUAUACACAAACUGCUCCAAGCGGAAAGUACAGGUCCAGAGGUGAAAUAUAACGUUAUCGGUCUGCUGUGCACCCUCCUCAAUUCAGCCGAGCUGAGGCAAGAAGCUGAAGAGGACCGGAUGAAAGUGACCUUGGAGGCCCUCUGCGGCCACAGCAACGGGAACGUCGCCAAGCAAGCGCUCAUGGCCCUUCAGAUCCUGAACGAGGAGCCUGGCCUCUUUGAACCAUAA